AUGCGUGUUGUGGUUUUACCUGUCUGUUUACUCGAAUCAUACCCACAUGUUCUUCUUAAAUAUGACUUUCGGGUUAUGCCACAAACGCCAGCAUCGCCAACUGUGAAUCCUUCGACACCAUUGACUAGUGGUACAAAUCAAAAGUCAAAUAUUCGUUCACAAGAAUUCUAUUUAACACCUUAUUGUUCACCAAUUCUUCCAUCAGGUUCCAUUCAUACUGUAUGCGAAAUCAUCAAAGGUUCGCCUGUUCUUCGACAACUAUUCGAUGUGAAAAAGGAAGACGAAGAAAAUCUUGAAAACAAAAUUGAUUUCAAAGGUCAUUGUCGAUUUAUUGCCUUUGGUCCCGAAACGGAUAUCUGUAUUUGUGCUUUAUACAUUCCACAUAUAUCAUCACUUGAAUUGAAUUACAUAAAUCAGCCUGAUCCGCCACUUUCACGACAACAUUCCAAAUUAAGUUAUCUUCGUUCGCCGUCGGAUCCAUCUAUGAAAGAAAUGGCGUUGGCCUAUGGCAAUCCAGGCGGUGAACAUUUACCAGCAACAGCGUUUGUUCAGCGCGAUCUUGUUCAUUUAUGGAUUUCGAUACGUGAUAUUCGUCAUAAAUUAGUACAUAUUGAUCGUGUACUUAAACAACCAGGCAUUUUAUCUAAAUUGACUCAUGUGGAAAGUUGGGUGACUUCGUACAAGGACACAAUCGAUGAAACAUCAAUUCAAACAGAGAGCGAUGCUGCGAAACGAAUGAUUAAAGCACGUGCACGCACACUCGUUUGGGAUGUAAUGGAAAUGAAAAAUGAAAUUUUAUAUCCUCAUCCAGUUCACGGUCGUAUUCCCAAUUUUCGAAAUAAUCCCGAUUGUUCAACAAAUUUGGCUCAAUUGGAAGAAUUCCAACGUGCACGUGUCAUUGAAAUCUGUCCUAGUCUUGCUCAAGAACAUUUACGUUUGUUUGCAUUAGCUGAAGGCAAAGUACUUCUCACACCAGCACCAUCUAUUGACAAUGCACUCUUCUAUAAACUCGAUCCAAAAUUCUUACAUGUUCAUGAUUUAUCGCGUGCAGCAACAAAAUCAGGUACUGCUGCUCUCGGUACAAUCGUGAACUUAACAGCUGUAGGAAAUCUUCAUGUUGAUAUUGUUGUCGUCGCAUCUGUUGUUGUCAAUCCAAUUACUGGUGCUCGUUUAGGUAAAGGCAAAGGUUAUGGCGAUAUUGAAUAUGCAAUGAUGCGGCAAUUGGGUGCAUGCGAUGAUUCAACACUUGUUGUCACAACUGUACAUGAAAGUCAAUUACUCGAUGACCUUCCAUCAUCAGUUAUGACUGAACAUGAUUUACCGGUUAAUGUUGUUAUCACGCCACAACGUAUAAUUUAUACACAAAAUAAAUUUCCAUGUCCAAAAGCAAUUAACUGGAAUGAUAUUGAUAAUGAAACAAUGCUUAAUUUACCUGUAUUAAAAGAAUUUAAACUCUUACUCAUAAAAAAAGAAGAAACGCAUAGAAAACAUUUUUGCGUAUUUUUUGUCGAACCAAUCAAUGGAAUCUCAUUUCUUCCGUAA